GAGAGAGAGAGAGAGGUAAGGACAGGCAAAGAGACGGAAAGAGAGACAGCGAGAUAGAGGAGGGGGGCAGAGAGAUAAAGAUAGCUGAAAGGAGGGAGAUCCGUCAGCGUUUGUUUCCUCAGGAUGUGGUUACCACGACGACGAAAAGGCAGAGAGGCAACAUCACUACUCGCUGGUCCCCUCUGACACCUGCAAGUGUUUGUAUGUGUGUGUGUGUGUGUGUGUGUGUGUGUGAGUGUGAAAGUCAGCGUGUAUGAGUUUCUAUGAGUAAUUGAGUGUGUGUGUGCAAAAGACGGCGUAUGUGGUCUGUGUGUCCAUUUUGCUUUGUGCGACAGACUUUGUGUAUCAAAAGAUACACAGCAGAGAGAGAGAGAGAGAGAGAGACAGAUAGGAAGGACUAGUUGAGAGGCUGCAAAUCUGAAGGGGGAAAUAAUUAUACAAACACUCGAGACGAAGCAAAAAUAAGUCAGAGAGAACGAUGAAGACAAUCAGAAGAACAACCAGGACCCGAAAGCAUGAACAACAGAGGAGGAACAUAUGUGAAAAGGAAAUUAAGCGCCAAGGACUGGCACUCUAGCUACAUCCAGCGAGCCAUCAUGGACGACCCUUCAUCCACCCAAUCCUUCCCCAACAACCACCACCAUCGCCACCGGCCAUCCUUUCACCUCACCUUGCCCAGCCAUCAUAGCCCCGAAGUGGGAUACCCGUCCGCUGAGCCAGCCCUGGACCCUCUGGAGCAAUACGGAAGUAGAGGGGAAGAAUCCACAAACUCUUUCCUGACUUCAAGCACCUCCUCCGGGGGACGGAGGGGGAGCAGUGGGGGCUUCCUAAACACAACUGGUGGCAGUUUGGAUGGAGACGCUAACUUGGGAGGCCAUCUUGAUGGAGAAAGCGUGUUAGCCAGCCAUUUCGCUGACUCUUGGUAUGGCGGUAUCAAAAAAGAGGAGGUUUGGGAGGACGGGGAGAGUCAUGAAAGCGCUGCAGAUGAUUUUUAUAGAAAAGGUGAUUGCUACGGUAGCGCAAAUUACGUUUUUUUGAACUGUGCCAGCGAGGAAGGAGUCAAGCGUAAACUCAGAGCAAACUAUAAUAAUUACGUUAGUUGUGACGCUAAAGGCGAAACAGUUUACAACAGGGAGGCCGACGUUAGCCAAUUUACUAAACAAACUACUUCCUACAGCAGGACUGCGGCGGGGAGCUUCAGCGACAGCAGCAUUGAUUAUUCGAGAGUGAGCGAUAAUUAUUUAGGAAGAGAAGACGAUUAUGGGUCCAGCUGUGGCUCAGGUGAGGAUCAGCUUCAACCAGCAGAGGUUGAUGGACCCUGGCUCAGCGUCUCUCCGUCCAGUCAGACCGUAGAGGGCAGGUGGAGAGGAGCAGCAGACGCCAUCUCUUUUGCCUCAGGGUGCCUACCGCAGAGAUCGCCCAUGGGCGUCAGCAGCGGGACGUACACUCAGAAACUGGACUCCUUUUCUGAGGCGUUCCUCUCCCAGCGAAAGAGAAGAUUCCCAUUGAUUCCCAGUGGAGAUUCCUCUGGACAGAUGUGGGAUUUCGGAGUAGGGAGAGGAGAAAGCCCCGGAUCGGUCAAGUCAAGACAAAGCUGUGCUUUCGAUUCAGACUCCUACCUGCCUCCCUCCUCGCCCGCUCACCCCUCUCUUCAGUCCUUCCCCUCUCCUCCCACAUCAUCUCACAUCGUGUCUUCAGUUCUUAGUCCUCCUCCCACACCUCUACCUUCCAACUCGCCCUCCAAAAUGGACUCUUCCAGUGCGUAUGGAGGCACCGGACAUUCCGCGUCCCAGGGGGGAGAAUCACUUGGUACGCUCCAGUUUUUCGCUUCGCACCUUCAGUCUCUCCCGUCUAUCCAUUCCUCUGGGAUGAUAUGGAAGUUUCCACUGCUGUCACACAGCUUUCCACAGUCGUCAGGCGACCCCGGCGUCGUCGAGGGCAACCUGAGACCUUCUCAUGGUAGCGACUAUGGCCACAUCCCUGCCUCCCACGUUCAGACUCCAGAAGCGGCAUUCCUCGCUUCAACAUCCCAUCCUUCCUCCCUGCUUACAUCCAGAGCCCUCUGUCCCUCUAAUACUCCGCCCCUCCAUCCCCCCUUCCAUCUACCCUCUCGUCCGGCUCACCUCUCUGGCCAACAUUAUGAGGCAGCAGAAAAGAUAGCCCCUUAUGUUGUGAACCAGAAAGUAAAGAAUGGACCAGCCAAUCUGAACCAAUCACAGCAACAAGCCUCUCCAAUCUACACUGGAACUCCAUUUCCCAGUAUCCUUCACUCCAGCAGAAGUCAGAAGAGGGACCGGUACACGCCUCAACCGCUGCUCAAUCCAGUUCGUACGGGGAAGGGACUCUACUCGUCCGUCUCAUCUCUCAAUCACAGAGAGGAGGAAGCAACAUGUGGAGAAGAGGAAGAUGAGUGUGUUGUGUUACCGUAUGUCAACGUGGGUCAUGAUUUCCAGGCAGAGCUUCCGCCAUGCUUUGUGGCUGGGGAAGGGUCAAGGGUGUGGCCACCAGAGGAGGAAUCCCCUAGGGAACAGUUGCUCUGGAAACCAUGGGACAAGCUGGAGGAGAGUACCAACUUACAAGACCAAGUGGAGAAGCUGUUGUCCAUGUGCAGUUCCAGCUGCGUACCAGGAGGGGGCAGUAACACAGAGCUGACCCUGCACUGUCUGCACUACUGUCAGGGGAACACAAUGGCCACACUGGAGAUGCUGCUGUUCUCACAGCCCUCGCCAACAGGAGACUACCACUACUCUGGUAGUGAUUGUUGGACAGACAGUGAAAAGAGUCUCUUCGGUGCAGCUCUGGGAACUUAUGGAAAAGACGUUUCACUCAUACAGAAAAUGGUGAGGACUAAGACCGUGUGCCAGUGUGUUGAGUUUUACUACCUGAGCAAGAAGCUGCAGGACAAGCAGAAGAAACAGAAGGAGGAGGAGAAGAGAGAAGCAGUGAUGGAGCAGCAGAAGAAUAUAACGCCCAUCUGUCAGCCAGUGAACAGGCCGUUUGGCCUGGAGGGGGCGGUUCCUGCGCCCUCAUUGGCCAGCUUCUUCCCCUGCAAGCUGUGUGGCAAAAUGUUCUAUAAAAUCAAGUCCCGCAACGCUCACAUGAAGAUCCACCGCCAGCCUCAGGAGGACUGGACCGACAGGCGGCUGCAGCACCAGCUCCUCACCCAGCGUCUGGCUCUCAGUCGGCCCACCAACCUCAUGCCCACCCCAGGCAGUAACCUGCACCCGCCUCAGGCUGCAACUCUGACCUUUCCCUCCUCAACGUCAAGCAACAACACCAGUGCAGACAAUGUCUUCAACUCUGUAACCAAUAGCAACGCCAUCACUCCCAGCAAUGCCAGUGUCUUAGAUCCCAGCGCCUUGAUAACAUAUAGCAACACCGCUGCUUCAAACUCUCAUGUAAUCACCAAUAUUGAUGGCGGCGGCGGCGGCUCAAAUCAAAGAGAGCCCAACACUGUCUUACCUUUUCACCAAUCAUGGGCCUCGUUUGGACUUGGCCCCGACUCCACCAUCUUCUACUGCAACACAGAAGUGAAAGACAACGUAGCAGCUGGGACAGUGGGGGGAAAAGAGACAAUCAACUGGCAGUAGGGCUUCCAAAAGCAUUACAACCGCUGAGGUCUGAGACUCACCAAAGCUGUGUUUUUUUUAACUCAAACUAAAUUUCAAUUCAAACUUCAGUACGUUUUUCACAGUAUUUCAAAAAAACAUCAUCGUUUUUGUAUGUUUUUGUUGUUGAUUGUGUAUUUAAAUCUGUUACAUAUUGAAAUGUUUCUUAUGCAUUUGACAUUUUAAUAAAAUGUGUAACCUCA